CUCUCCCUCCUGCCGCUGCUCCAGGUCCCUCGCCUGUCCCUCUCUUCCGUAUUAGUUUCCAAAAGGCAUCUUUAAUGCUGCCAGAGAGCGCACUGUGAGGCAGCAAGAAAGCUAGGCGAGCGGAUUGCUAUCUUUGAGACAGCUUUUCUGCUUGCCAGGCUGCGUGUGAGCCGGGGAACUGGACUGGACUGUGGUGUUUCGUGGAGGUGGGAGAGGAGGUGGAGGAGCAGGAGGGAGAACUGAGGGGCAAGCUGGACAGAUGGAGGACGGCACCCAACAACUGGGACACUGCAUGGUUGACAUGAAGGAGCUGAGCGCCAACCCUGAAGGACUGACUGCUGCCGGUGUUAUUCUAACACCCAAGCUGCCUCAGGUGGAGUUCAGCCUCGCCUGUAAUGAUCUGGUGGCCUCAGGCAGAGACAGGAAGCCCAAUGCUUUAGUCCAGGUGGCUGUCAUAGAUCCCCACAAGCAGCACCUUGUCUCUCAUUCCUGCACAGAGAUAGUGGAGGCGAACAAAGACCCACUGUUUCUGACGGGGGUGACCUUCCCUUCAGAGUAUCCCGCUAGCCCGGAGACACUAGUCAAGCUGACUGUGUAUGAUGCAAAGGACAAGAGCCAGGAAUCAAGCAGCUUCCUGGGCAGUGCCACAUUUUCAGUAGGCGAACUGCUGAGGGCUAAAGAUGAACGCCUGGCCUUGAGUCUCAGGUCAUCUGAUGGUGUGUGCGCAGCAGGAACAGUGGUGGUGAGUCGUCUGAAGAUGGGGGAGAUGGAGGAGGUUGACGUAGACCACAUCACCACUGACAUACCAUCACAGAAGUGUCCCUUGGUUUGUGAGUCUGCGUCCCAUGCCUAUUUUGACAGUGAAAAUAACCCACUGACAGGGCCAGUGUUCAAGAACCCAGUAUGCAAGUUGUACAAAUUUCAAACCAUGGACAGCAAGUGGAUGUUCGUGCGGGAACAAAUGGAGGAGUGCACGUUGUCCUUUAGCAUCCCCAAACAACUGCUCUCGCUAUAUAUUCAGGAGGACAUGAGCAGGGUGCAGGACCUGAGGGAGCUGGGGGAGCUUUCUCCUCACUGGGACAACUUAAGAAAAGAGGUGAUGACACGAUACGCAGGAAUCAUCAGCUCCUACCAGGAGACUUUGGCUGAACUGGACAAGAUUACUGGUCGUUCAUUCAAACCAAGCUGCUGCAAAGCCCAGAAAUCUCUGGAGUUCAUCCCAAUAAACUUACAUACCCAGAGGAUGAGGGUGACGUGCCUCCGAAAAACAGAUGCAUUCUAUGAUAUUGUCACUGUCGGUGCCCCUGCAGCCCACUUCCAGGGCUUCAAGUGUGGUGGUCUGCAGCGUCUCCUUAGCAGAUAUGAAGCAGAGAAAAAGAGCUUCAGCACUGCCUACCAGUGUAUCUACUACUCUCCAGAGCACACAGCCAAAGCUCAGGAGGUACUCAGCACCAUGAGCCUCCUCCAGCCCCUCAUCACAAGCUUAGCAGACCAGCUCCUCCAGGCUGCCCAGGAGCACUCUUCCCCUGGACUGAGGGAUGCACUCAAGAACCUUUCUGACAAGACAGAACAAUUUGUUCACACACUUAAGGAUGAAUUGGUCAAGAGUGCACUACUAGCACUGCACGCAGCGCGACCCGGGUACGUUUCCAAGAACCAGAAGCAAACCCCGGUGCAUGGAGGCCAACAUCAAGACCACAUCCACCAGGGCAGUGACCAGAAUCAGAGCCCAGUCCAGGGACUUCCAGGCCACAGUCCAGCCACGUCGAUCACUGAGAGCACAGCGGUGUGUAAUAAUGUGGAAGGAUCACAAACCACGGCAAGAAGAGAAGGUGGGCCUUUGAAGCACCAAGACUCCAUACCACACCAUAAAGAGUAUGACGAGGAGGAAUGGGACAGGGUGUGGGCCAACGUGGCCAAAUGUCUCAACUGUGUAAUCGCCAUGGUGGAUAAACUCCAGGAAGAAGACAACAACAAGCAGGAGCCAAUCCCUGAGCAGCAGCUAGCUGAUGUCAUCACCUCACACAACCCCGGUGACUGGAGGGAGCAGCUGCGUCCUCUGGUGACCAGAUUAAAGGAUUGUGUAAUGGAGGUGGUGGCGAAGGCUAAGAGAGCCAUGGCCUUUGUGCUCCUACAGGAGGCAGCCUGCAGCAUUCCACAGGGAUUCCUCCUCCAACAGAGGCGAGAUGUGGUCUUCAGUCAGGCAAUGGCAGCCUUAGCCUGUGGUUUCGUCAUGAGGCUGUAUGCAGGAAUGCAGGACAAAGGCUUCCUGAGGCAGCUUCACCUGGUUGGCCUGGUGGCCCAGUUUGAGAGCCUGCUCAGCACCUACAGUGAAGAGAUCGGGAUGCUGGAGGACAUGGAGGUUGGAAUCUCAGACCUGCAAAGAGUCGUGUUCCAGAUUACAGAGGCCAAAACAGAUGACCUCAGUGACCUUCAGCCUUUAGUGUGUGGCCGACGAGACAACUUCACUGUCGAAGUGCCAUUACCACGACUGGUUUUUCAGACCUUGCCAGAAGAGAUCAAGGAGGGCAAGCCUCUACGAGUAUUCCCUUUGCUGUUUAACGUGGGCAUCAAUGAACAGCAAACUAUAGCAGAGAGGUUUGGAGAUAUCUCGCUACAAGAAAGAAUAAACCAGAAGAACUUUGAGAUGUUAGAAGCUUACUACAAAUCAUUAAGUGAAAAGGUGCCACUAGAAUGUCUACCGUGUUUUCAGACACAGACUGACAUAAAGGAAUUACUUGAAACCCUGGGCCAGAAUGUAGUUACAAAGAAGAGAAAGAAUGUGGAGAUACUAUGGAUUGCUGGAACGAUCUGCCGAAGGUUAAAUGGCAUCAGGUUUACCAGCUGUAAAAGUGCCAAAGACCGGACAUCCAUGUCUGUCACAUUAGAGCAGUGUGCCCUCCUACGUGAUGAACACCAGCUCAGCAAGGAUUUCUUCAUCCGUGCUCUGGACUGUAUGCGGAGUGUUGGAUCAUGGUUGUACACAUGGUGUUGGUCCUGCCGAGCGUUGUCACUAGAAGGAUGUCGGAUUGAGAACGUUCAAAAGAAUAUUAGAUGCAGGAAAUAUGCCUUCAACAUGUUGCAGCUGAUGGCCUUUCCCAAGUGCUACCGACCACCGGAGGGGACUUACGGCAAAGUUGACUCAUAAGAGGACAUAAGCCAUGUACUCUAAAACCAGUCAUUGUGUGUUACCCAAGUAGUAAAUACGAAAGCUUAUAUGCAAUGGUGAAAAUGUAAUUGUAAAACUUGAUUUAUUGUAGAACUUGCUGGACGUGAUAUGUUGCCUUUUGGUUGCUCUGAAAUGUGUUCAUUGACUCCCAAGCUGGAUUUGCCAAACGUGUUACUUUUUUUUUAAAUUUCCAUUUUGGGUUUAUUUCUCCUGGCCUGAACAGUGAAAAGUACAACUGUUUGGGCAAACCAUAGUCUGUAGAUACAGUGGAUCUGGAAAGUUUUUACAGCACUUCACUUUUUCCACAUUUUAAGUUAGAGCCUUAUUCCAAAAUUGAUUAAAUUCAUUAUUUUCCUCAAAAUUCUACAAACAAUACUCCAUGAUGACACAAAUCACAUGUACAUAAGUAUUGUAAGCGCUGUAAAAGCUUUCCAGAUGCACUGUAAUAUGUGUGUGGCUGUACGGUAAAUUAUCUAUUUGUGUGUGUGACAACUUUUCCUGAGCUAUUUGAGAGGUGAUGAUGAUAUCUGAAGUUACUCCAUUCACUGACUGUGAGAUGCAGUUAAAAGCUUUAAAAAAAAAAAAAAAUAGGCUGGGUAGUGGACCUUCGAGUUGAGGCAAUUUUUUGUCAAGGUCAAGAAUGAACUUCCAUACUACAUUGUAGUAUAAGUACUGCCUUCCGCAAUAAAUUAGAAACAAACUGUUUAUAACUGUAUACCAUGUUUGGAUGCACUAAGUUUUACAAGGUGAAAAUGCAAGAUUCAAAACUUAAAGUCUGUCUUGCUCUACAGGAGUUACUCCAUUUCUGCAGUUCUUGAGCAAUGGAUUUGUACAUUUUAAUGGUAUCACAUAUCCAGGUCCAAACUUUGUCUAUAUUGUUUUUGACUGUUGAAACCAACUGUCCUCGGUGAAUAUAAGUAAGUAUCUCAAAGCAUUAUGUUGAAUCCUGUUUCCUUUUGAUAACUCGUCCCAUUGGUUGCACUUGAGCUUUUUCCAUAAUAUUUUUAUAUCUCAAGGUACAGGCCAGUGAAAACCACAUGAAGUACAGGUGGAAGUUAGAAUAGGAUGACGGAUAUUGGACCAUCAUUUCUGAAUGCUAUAUAACAAAUUCCAUUAUUUAUUUUUGUAUUCUAAAAUGAUUUUAUAUUCUAAGGGUUGAUACCUUUGACUGUAAUGCAUGUUUAAAAUAUAUUUGUUGUGUUAUACAUUGGACAUUUACAAUUGUCUAUUUAAAAUUAAAUAAAAGUGGUUUGUCAUUGUA